AUGGCUAACCCACCACCAUUAUUAUUAUUCCCAUUAACAACCCUCCUCCUCAUUCUCUCCUCUCUUGCCCAAACCACCACCACAAACAACCAACAACAACCACCCUCACCACCCCUCACCUCCGACUACUACGCCAAAACAUGCCCCCGUUUCCACCAAGUCGUCCAAACCAUCGUCGUCCCGAAACAAUCCACCACUCCCACCACCGCUGCCGCCACCCUCCGCCUCUUCUUCCACGACUGCAUGGUGGGCGGCUGCGACGCUUCCGUCCUCAUCGCCUCCAACGCCUACAACAAAGCUGAACGCGACCAAGACAUCAACGAGUCACUCGCGGGCGACGGCUUCGACAUCGUCACGCGUGUCAAAAUGGCACUCGAGAUCGAAUGUCCCGGCGUUGUUUCAUGCUCCGACGUCCUCGCAGCCGCCACCCACGACUUGAUCAUUCAAGUUGGGGGCCCACAUUAUGAUAUAAAAUUUGGUCGGAAAGAUGGGUUGGAAUCUAAAGCAACAAAUGUUGAGGGUAAUUUGGGAAGAUCAAAUAUGUCAAUGGAUUCCAUUAUUAAAAUAUUCGAAUCUCACCGUUAUACCGUUAGGGAAAUGGUGGCCUUAAUGGGUGGUGGACACUCUAUUGGGUUUGCCCAUUGUAAAGAGUUUCAAAGCCGGUUAUUCGGGCCCAAACCUGACCCGUCGGUGCACCCAAAGUUAGCGGAAAAGUUAAAACGGAUGUGCGCGAAUAGCACGAAUGACCCGACGGUUUCGGCGUUUCUUGACCCGAUUUCGGCUGGGAAUUUCGAUAAUAUGAUUUUUAAAAAUUUGUUAAAUGGGCUUGGGGUUUUGGGUACGGAUCAGGCUAUGGCGUCCGACCCAAGAACCCGACCAAUCGUGGAGGAAUACGCUAGGGAUCAGGUGUUGUUUUUUCAUGAUUUUGCACGUGCGAUGGAGAAAACAAGCGUGUACCGGGUUAAAACAGGAGAUCAAGGAGAGGUUAGACGAAGAUGUGAUGCAUUUAAUAAUCAUCCAAAGGGCCAGUAAUUAAUCAUGUGUAUUAUUCAAGGAUUGUGUAUUUGAAAAAUAUUUUUUUGUUACUAGGAUUUGUA